UGUGGCGUUGACUCGCACUGCGCAGCCGCAGACCAGGUGACGAAGAUGGUGCUCAUCAAGGAAUACCGUGUUGUGUUGCCGGUCUCUGUGGAAGAGUAUCAAGUAGGGCAGCUGUACUCUGUGGCUGAGGCCAGCAAGAACGAGACGGGGGGAGGAGAAGGCAUUGAAGUGCUGACAAAUGAACCCUACGAGAAGGAUGGGGAGAAGGGACAGUACACACACAAAAUAUACCAUCUAAAGAGUAAAGUCCCGGGUUAUGUGAAGAUGAUCGCACCAGAGGGAGCGCUAGUUUUUCACGAAAAGGCUUGGAACGCUUACCCAUACUGUCGCACCAUUGUGACGAAUGAGUACAUGAAAGACGACUUCAUGAUAAAGAUCGAGACGUGGCACAAACCUGACAUGGGAACAGUAGAAAACGUCCAUGAUCUGGACGAGCAGACAUGGAGGACCGUGGAGGUGGCUCCCAUAGACAUUUCAAGCAGAGAGGAGGUGUCCCAUGCGGACUACAAGCCUGAAGAAGAUCCUGCUCUUUACCACUCCGCCAAGACGGGCAGAGGACCACUUGGUCCUGAAUGGAAGAACGAGCUAAAGGCGGACUGUCCUUACAUGUGUGCGUACAAACUGGUCACCGUCAAGUUCAGGUGGUGGGGUCUGCAGACCAAAGUGGAGAACUUCAUCCACAGGCAAGAAAAGCGUAUUUUCACCAACUUCCACCGCCAGCUGUUCUGCUGGAUUGACAAGUGGGUGGGUUUGACCAUGGAGGACAUCAGGCGGAUGGAAGAGGAGACUCAGAAAGAGCUGGAGGAGCUGCGUAAAACUGGUCCGAUUCGAGGCAUGAGUGCUGCUCAUGAUGAUUGAGUGAAAUCAACCAAACCCUGUCAUGAUGAUGUCAACAGAGACACGCCCACUACGCUGAGGAAGUGGCCCUGACGUCGCCUCUUCUCCUGUCUCACAUGAUUCAUUGUGGGGUUUGAAACGAUUGGUUUAACAGUACUGUACAGAUCCUACCCCAAUCACAGGCCUCCCGUUCACUCAGACAACAAAACAAAAAAUAGGAAAAAAAGUGGUUUUGCAUAUAUGUAUUAAAAAAAAAAAAAAAAAGAAAAGGAAAAAAAACUUCUUUGCACAGUAAAUUGCCUGAUAUGUAAUUGUUAGUUAAUUAUUACGAUGGGCUUGGUUUUUAUUCAGGUGUGUAAACGGUGACUCUGAAAGUCGAGCCUUUUGAAUUAGAAUGUUGUUUUUAGCUACUCAAGCUCCCUCAAAACUCGUCUGAGAUGACUUAAGAGCAGGUGUUUGACCAUUUCGGCUCCAGUCUGUCUCUAAUUUACCCCUCGUCCCCCCCGACUGUCCAUGUUCUUGUCCUGGUAGACUUUUGUCUGGUCCCCUCCCCGUCGUCUCGCCGUCCUCUGGUACUUGGUUGGGAAUUCUCCUCUUCUUUCUUAGUUUAACUUUUGAGGCGGAUCCAUUUUUCAAAGCAGAUGCUGGUGCAUGAUGGAUAAUUGUUUGCCCCCACCCCCCGCACAUAUAUGCCGAUAUUUGAACAUGCCCUCCUCCGUCUAAGAGCGCUUGUGGAAACGGCAAUUCUUCACUGCAUGUUAACAGUCGCUGCCGUGCAGCUCGGCUCAGAUGGAGCGCCUGUUGCUCGGAGAGCCGGUAAAUGCCCUCCGCGAGAGUCACGCCUCCGUGCUUCUGUGCGAGUCGUGUGCUUGUUUGUGUUUCCAGCUGCCUUCACUCUUUCAGGACGGUCACUUACCCGUUGCCACUCUGACGGCCCGCCCGCCGUCAGUCCAUAAUCAGUCCAUAAUUUACAAAACACAGCUCAUAUGUUACGUGAGGUACUCAUGCGACAUAUCUUUGGAAAGCUAAGAUUCUUGUGAUUCCACCAAUAUAAACCAUUUCAGGAUAUAAUCAUAGCAGCUGGUACAUAUCAACACCACAAACAAAGAUUUGCGCAAAUGACGCAACUUACCGAUGAAGCCUCAUAGAACACGUCGGGUCAAAAAUAUUCCCACAAAAAUGGUCUGGUUACAGUCAGAAAGGUCCAGUCGAUCCAAUCCAGUAAAGUAUUUAGUCCAAAAUACAUUAUUAUACCAGUAAAUAUCCACAAACAGCCGCUGCAUCAUUUUAAAUAAGCCGGAUGUUCAACGUGUUGUUGGCUGUAAGUCUGCUGUGCACGUCUCCAGACCACAAAUCUUGUACUCAAAAUGGAGUCUGCACCCCCCCCCUUUGGAUUGACACCUCAUUCGACCCUACAGGAGCUUCCCUGUCCCCUCCACAAACUACAAUAGCGAAUGAGCGCCUGUAUGCAAAUGGAGCGCAUGUCCCCCUUUUGUCAUAAAAAAAAUUAGCCAAUUGGAGCAAUCGUGCUGAUGACUGGCACAUUGUAUAGUCAAUGAAAUGCUAAAAACAACAAUAUGCGGCUUCAGGGGGUGCGGAAUAAAACCCACAGCCGGGAAGUCAAUGCAAUCCAUGCACAUCCACUGCGGCGAAUCAAACGUGCGUCCGUGUUUUGACUCUUUUAUAUGUAUUUAUAUAUAUUUCAGCAAUAUUGAUAGUGAAUCUGGAUAUGGGAUAGGAUACCUCUAAGUGUCACCUUUCAUUAGAGGCCAAAAUUAUGACUGUAUGUUGAAAGGUUCAAGAGUUAUGCCCAUGGUUAUCCAAGUGUCUUUUUGGCAUCUCCAAAUGGCCAUUUUUGGAAAGGUCUAGACAUAAUCUUACAGAAACGUGUAAAAUACUCAUUUUUUGUGGUAUUGUUAUCAAAUUUGAACUUGCACUAGAUAAGGCUUCAUUCUGUAGUGCCAUUGUGUUUUCCAGCUAAUAAGUCACAGCUACACUCGUCUGCAGACAUCUGAUUACAAAACAAAUUUCCGGCUGAAAUAAAAACCUUCUAUUUCAGUGUGUUCAAACUUACUCAAUGCUAGUAGCACUUACAGUGAUUCUGACAGUUGGGGGGGAAAACUUCAGAGAGUUACCUUUCAAAAGAGACCAAAACCAUCUAUGUACUUCAAACGGUUCAAGAACAGCUUUCAAUUUACUUUGGGUAUGCCAUGGAUAGGCGUUUUAUGCAAAAUCAUGCAAAUUUUACAGGAGUGGUAUAAACGACUGAGAUGGGAAGCUUCAACUUCAGGCUCCAACUUUGCCUCAUGCUGUCGCUGCAUGGCCUUGCUCCUCGGCUAGGGCUUUAACUUUUACCCCACAGCCUACAAAAAAACAACAAACUCGGAGUCUGUGCGUUUCUGCGUGCAUUAAUCUUCCCCUUAAACUGCAGUUUCUGGAUGACAGCAACGGGUCCGGCUAGGUGUUUGAUUGGCCAGCGUUCUAACUGUAUUAUUUUGUGUUUUUGUUUUUUUCCGUGUAUAGUGAUUUACAUUUGAAGAGUUUUCAUUCACUCUACUAAAGAAAUCCAGAUAUGGGUCGAAUUUUUCUAGACCGCUUCUGUUUAAGGAUGGAUACUGAACUUUUUCCGGGCUAGAUGGGCGUUGAUCUCAUGCAAAGUGGCGUCUUUAUCCUGCUCACAGAUUUUUCUUUUAUCUGCUUUGACUUGAGGUGUUCAGAUCAGGCGUUGGCUUUAACCGUUUUUAUUUUGAGCUGGCUGGAGACGCCACUCGGUUGAGACUUUUGAGUCGAACUAGUUAGGUUUGGUCACGACCUAUCAGUGCAUUGUUUGUGUUUAACAGUUAAAUGAGAGAUAUACUGUAAGUGUACUUUAUCAUAGACCCAUUUUAUAAGUGGACAAAGUGUACAUACGAACAUGAAUGGGACAUUUACAUACAGGUUUAUCAUUCUGUGCUGCUGCAGCCCCGAGGAUGCUGGGAUGUUGUUGGCAGGUCGCAUCAGCUCUGCUUACCUCAUCCAUGCUCAUGCAUGUGCAGCCACACAGAGGAGCGCGUCCAGGCGGAGGAACUGUGACGUUUCUCACCUGCACAAGCAUGACAUGGACCCAAACGUCACCAGUACACGAGGAACAGUGGUCUCACUGAAACAACUACAUUUGCAUGCAGAUUUUUUUUUUUUUUAUUAUUAUUUUGUAUUUUCCUUUCUCUUCUCUCGACUUUUCUCAGAAUGCAUUUGAACAGCUUUGUUGCUUUUGUGUAGCUGUCAAACUGCAUCAGAUGGGCGGGGCUCUUCCCCUCACGAGCACGCUCCCUCCAGCUCGACCUCGACCUCCACACGAGGAGUGAGACGCCGGAGCGAGUGUGACGCGACGGGAACGGCCCCGCGCAGGAGAGCGGGCUGCGGGACGUGGAGCCCUGCGGCGUGGGCGCACGGCUGCGAGGGGAGGGCUAGAAGCUCCGGGAGCAGACGGAGUCCAAAAUACUGUUUUCUUAUUGUAAUCAUGAAUAAGCACUUGCAAAAUCUACUGUUUAUCUUUACGUUUUCAGUUGUUUUUCUUUUGUUUUUGAAAAACAAAGAUUCACAGUGUAACCGAUUUACUCUUUCUGAUGAGGCAAACAUUCAGGGGAAUUAGUAGUGAAUGUAAUACAAUUAGAACUUUUCUUUCUUUUCCGCGGCUUUCAGGCUGCGACAGAAGGUCUAGACAAUGGAGCAUACCAGAAUAUCUAAUAAAUUUGAACAAAUAAGAGAA